GGAGAGGAAGAACAAGAAGAGAAAAGAAGAAGGAGGAAAGGACGGUGAGUGCUGUGUUUUGUUGACAGGCUGUGUUUUUGACGACUAUAGCCAUAGACGUUCAAACUAACGUUUCCCCAGCUGCCUCGCUAAUCCGUCAGCUUUAUUGUCAGAUAUUUAAUAUAUGACCUGAAACAACUGAGUUUAAUGUGUGUGAUCGUUAAGUCACAACUGGUUCAGGUAUCGUCCCAUCUAUCUCAGGGAUACAUACAAACCCAAUGAAGGAGUCCACAGGUUAGCUGGCUAAUUUUAGCUCUGAGGUGGAAGCACUAGAGGAUAAAAUGCCCUGAGAGUAAGCUAACUUAAGUAUUGACACGAUGUUUGAAAGGAGCACUAAUGCAGACAAAACCAGCUCUGUUCACACAUCUGAUCAGUCUGACACAGCUCUGAUCUGAAGGCCAGCUGCCAUCAGGGUUCACAUGGACCAGGCCUGCAUGUAUCAUGCAGCUCCUAUCAGCUGGUUUAAAUUAAUCACAGCAGACUGUGUUGAUCUGGAUCACUUAAAGCUGGUACCUCUGGAUCACUGUAGACUGUGUGGAUCUGGAUCACUUAAAGCUGGUAUUUCUGGAUCACUGUAGACUGUGUUGAUCUGGAUCACUUAAAGCUGGUACCUCUGAAUCACUGUAAACCCCUCUGUUACUGUAAGGCAUUCUUUGUGAGAACUAGAUACAGAAAUCUCGAAGUCAGUUUUGGCAAAACUCUCAUACAAGAAGGAUCUCAUGGAGACCAGGCAUUAAAUAAACCUCACAAAACAUAACAUAGCUUUUGGAAUAUGUAGAUACGAAAGAAUAUUGCUAUUCAAAUUAUAAAAUGAUGUAGACAGAAACAUGAUAAUUCAGCCUGGUCAACUUGAGCUAACAGGUAUUUUCCUCCAUGUACCAGGAAAGCCAUCAUUUGCUCCAUUUACACAUAUGUCAGAUGGCCGUUUGGUGAGGGAGUAGUUGCACAGAGGUCUUGCCCACAUGUAGAGAAUAAGCAAACACUUCUUCUUAAGCCUUCUUUGCAUAUUUAUUUUAUAGAUAUCAGAAAAAUCCAGUAUCUACCUUCGUAGAAUGCACUAAAUGCAGCUCAAGAGUGUGCAAUCCAACAAGGAAACCACAUAUUAACAUGAUCUAGCAACUUCUUUGGCACAUUGAAAUGGACAGAGGCCAAGUGUAAAACCGUUCUGGGGUUUAACCAGUCAAAAUAUCACAUACUUUUUGGACCUCUUAUCAGCGCACAGUUCAUGAGCCAGCCUCCAUGAUUGAAUGGGGAGGCUUAAGUGUCCAUGGCAUGGGUAGCCCACACAUCUGGGAAGUCUCUGUAAAUGCACGAAUGCUAAUCACAUCCGUCUGCAGACUUGUCACACACUUAAAAAACAUUUGUAGCAUCAUCACACACACAAAAAAAAUGACAAAGGAGACCCUGAACUGUUGGGCAGCUGAAACUCUGUCUCAGGUAAGAAUGGGACAACAUUUCCCUCCCUAAGUCCAGAAACUGGUCCACUUCAUUUUCAGUCCUUCACUGAGCUCUGUUAAAGGAAGAGGUGAUUCGACACAGUGGUAAACAGGACCCUGUCCCAGCUGUUUUUAAAUGUGUUGUUGGUUUCAAAUUAAAAUUGGCAAACAUUUUUGUCAAACAUGAACAUUUUUCAGAUUCAAAUAGUGAUUUUUAUGUCUUUCCACUAAAGGUUUUAAUGAUUUGUGCCCCACAAACAUGUUCCCCAGUGUCCCAGUUCUCAUGGUUAAGUAAAAACAGUAUCACAGCUGAGGCUGCUGUGAUGUUGUUCUGAAUUUCGGCCUCUUUUCCUCACAUCACAGCAGUGCUGAUUUUCAGUUUCACUCUCUCCCAUAUAAUAUUACCAAAUGAACAUGACACCACAUGGAUAAUCAAGUCCGCUGAGACCAUUUUAGAGGUGAAAGUAUGUCCUCUCACUGAGUUUUUCAUCAGCUGAGGUUUCUUGUAGCCUUGUCUGCUGACAUUUUUACACCUAAGGUCAGAUGUAACUCUCCAUUUCUUCAGGUUAGGAUAUUACCCAAUUAUGGCACACAUUGUGAUUGGACUUUGUAGAGAUCCUUCACCCAUCACUUUUUAAAACAAUAAUGGUACUUGGAGUACUUUGACUUUGAAUAAGUUGUUGAGGAUUUUAAAGGCAGCUUUUCUCUGCAGAAACACUUUGUACGGAUAAAGAUGACGACUUCAUGGAGUGACCGGCUGCAGAACUAUGCUGACCUUCCAGCAAACAUGGAUGGUGUGGCCAUGAAGAAGUACCGCCGUGAAGCUCACCAUAGGUUGGUGUCAGACUGAUGAGAAAAUUUAAGUAUGAAAAUGAACAAUAAUACCAAUGGAUGUGAAGUUUGCAGCACCAUGUCCCCGCUUUUUCAGGUCUUUCCCAGCCAUGAACAGUAAUUUUGUGGUUGUCAUGAAGUAGUUGAAAGACAUAGAAAUAGAAAUAGAAUUACGACUUGAUACAGGUUUAGUGUGUUAGCACUAAUAAAUUCAUUUGGAUAAAUCUGUCAUAUCCUAGAUUAAAUCUACACCUGCAGCCAAAUCAAAGAAAUCAGUUUUUUUUCUAUCAACACCAUUUCUGUCUUCUAGCUCUGAUUUAAUCUCUUUUUCCCAGCUUGUGCACAUUUGACAGUUUUAAUAUUCUUAUUUGAGGAAAUUCUCCUAACUACCUUUUAAAUGGCAGCUAGUGCUCCACUUUCAAAAGUUGUUUUGUUAAAUGCGUCACAAAGAAUGCAAACAUAUCUGGAUUGUAUGUGUAAUUGGUCUGCCCAUUUCAGCUCACUUAAAGCUUUGUCUUGUUUUUUUGGUUUCUUUGUUGUUGUUGUUGUUGUUGUUUUUGUCUGUGCUGCUUUGUCUUUUGUGUGUAACACUUUUCUGUGAAGCUUUUAAGUUAGGAUGUCUUGGUGUAGGGUCAUCUGAGUCAUCCGUCCAUUUUCAGUGUUCCCUCUUCAGCUCUUUGGGAAAAAAAACUACUCCAAAUGUCUCUCCAAGUACACAAGAGAAAAGUACUUUAAACUGGAGUUACAUAGUGUUUUAGUGGUAACACUAACAGGCAUGAAUCCAGUGAUAAUACAACAUGUAUUCUCUAUUACAAAGCUUGCCAAAGGAUCUGGCACAAAACCAUCCUGCAAUGAGGUAUGAUGUCCUUUUGUUGUUGAAACAAACUACUGACUAAAUGAGUCUUCAGUUUGAUGUCCAUGUGAAUUGAUUCUCCAUCCAGCUCUCAUGGGGCUCCAUUUAUACUGACACUGAUUGUGAGUUGGAUUUCUCUCAUUUUGGACAGCAGCUGCUGGUUGUCGUGUUUGUUAAGUGUGAGCUUGCUCUGUUGCAUUUCUUUUUUGUACAUCAUCUUUCUUUUAAUCCUCAUUUGUUACAGUCAAUCUGAUUUUAUCUCUCACACCAUCUGACCAGUGUGCAGUCUGAGCAGAGCUACAGAUUAUAUGUUAGGGGUGCAUCGUGUAUUUCUGUAUUUGGGCAAUCACAGAGCACACCUACAAAAAAUAUUCCUUUUCCAAGUAUUAAUUUAUACAACAGAAAAAAAUGGAGUGAGAGCAGUACACAUUUGAAAACUCCAAUAAUUGCUUUCUUUUUGGCUUGUCCCAUUGACUUUAUUGCAAAAAAAAAUUUUAGCAGUUUUUUAGGACUUACAUCAUGAAAAAUUCCUACACAAUAGGGAAAGUAAUGGCACACCAGUAAAUAAUUAUUCCUACAACUCUUUAAAAUGAAGGAUGAGUAGCAAAUAGAAAUUUGUCCGUAAGAAGAAUAAGAAAAAAUCCACAGUGUAACAAUAAUGCCUCUGUGCAUUCACCCCAUGGCCCCAAGUAUUAGUUUUAAUCCCAGUUGAACUCCUCUGCUUUGGUUUUAUGUUCAAUCCUGCCUUACUAUGAUGCGUUUGUAGUCAAUUAACCAAACUUAUUAGAAUUACUCUGAUAAUGAAGACUUGGAAGAGUGUUUUACAGUAGUGGACAGAAUAUUGGUGUUAUCAAAAAAGUACCCACUCCACAAUGGAAACAUACCUCUUGGUUAGUAAAUGUCCUGCAGUGAAAUGUUUUUUUAGUGAAGUAUGUAAGAAGUAUCAAAACUCAAAGUAUCACACUCAGUAAAAACUGAGAUUUGUUAUGAAAUGUGCUUUUAAAUCCUGAUACAGUGAUAUAAUUAAUGACUGUAUUCAUGUAGGAGCAGGAAUGUAAAGUAGCCUACUCAAGGUGCUCCAAUUAGUACUUCUGAGGAGUUGGAGCUGGUUUAGAAAGAUUUUGUCUUUUGUUUACUGCAAGGGAUGGGGAUCACAUAAUAAUGUUUUAUUUCCAACUUAUUCUGGUUUUACAGACCCGACCAUGAACACCUCACAGUCACACCUUGAACCUCCUGAUCCACUCAGCCACCAGCACAACUGACCACCAGAAUUCUUCUUUGUGUACUCUAAUAUUUAUUUGCUGCUCUAACACUUGAUUAGUUUAAUCAGUGUGUGUGCACCAUUGAUUUAAUUGAUUUAAUUAACAUGAGGCAACCUCUCUCAAAGUGUAACGUUAUUUCACAGGACACUGAGGACUCAAUAGUGGACUCCAUAAUAAGCUUAAAUGUGAUUGAUUAUCAGGUUUUGACGAUUGCUUUGUGGGGUGUUUAAUGGACAUGGUUGUUGAUCCCCAUCCCUGUUGACUGCAGCCUGAUGUGAUCUCUGUUUUUGAUCAUCCUGCAGAUAUUUUCUCUGUUGUACAAAUGAAAAUGUAAUGUUGUGAACCCAUAAGAAAAAAACAAAGACUUUCUAUGUUACACACUCUUUGAAUACCUUUGUUAGUCCAUUUUCAUAAAUGGUUCAGACUUUGAUGAUGUUACAACUCUCAACAGACAUUAAGUUGAAAUGUGCCUCCUCUAAAGUGACACCAAGAUAUUUCUCUCCAAAAGAAGCUUUCACAGAUUUAAUCACCAGCAGGUCUGCAUGCAUGUUAGUAUCAAUAAUGACAAUCAUGUUGGUGAUUGUUCAGUUUUGAUAGGUCUAUCCAACACAGUCUGUAAAUUAGCUUUAGUUGUAGCUCUGAAAGCAGAACAUUUUGAGGAAAAAAUAACAUCUGAGUGCUCAGUGAACACAGCGCAGCAUUUCAUUCCUCCUAUAUGCUGUCAUUGAAGAUUUAAUCCUGCAUUGUUCUGUUCCUCCAGAGUGUUUGUUAACCGGAGCUUGGCCAUGGAGAAGAUCAAGUGUUUUGGUUUUGAUAUGGAUUACACUCUGGCAGGUAAGUCUAGUUUAAUCCUUGGGGUAUCAGACUUGAUGAAUACAUACAGGAGCCUAAACAUCACUGUGUUUUGACUCUGCAUGAAAGAUAUGAGGAUGUUUUGUCCACACCAGCAAAGAUGUUAACAAGGUCAGUGUCAUAUUUCUCCAUAGGUGUUAUCUCCUCCUGAAAAUGAGCCUUGAUUUGCAAGUACCUCAAGACCGUAUAUUUUAGGGGUUUUGAGAAAGUGCUCCAACUCUCCUGCGGAGGAGGUUCAACGGUAUGAAGUAAUGCAAGCUUCAUACCAGUGCUUGGACCUCCUUUUAGUCUUUGCUGGUCUAAAUUCUGAUUCUGAAACAGUUCAUCUCAGCUGUCUAGACUUUCUCUCAGGUUGUGGUGAUCUUCAUUUCUUCAACCAGGUCCUGAGAGGAGCCCGAGUCCUUUGAUUUAAGCUGUUCAGAAGCUUUUUUAAACAGGGUUUUACAGCCCAGUAUGGGUUUUAACAGCAUGUCUGACUGUUAUGCUUGUAGUUCUUUCCACUUGGCUGUGUAAUCUGGAUUUCAGAAGCAUGAGGGAGCUCUUGAUGGAGCUGCCAUAUUGCAGCUGCAGAGUUUUGAAUUCAUGCUGAAAUAAUGCCUGAAUCUGGUAGGUGUCAGUAGUGCAGCUGAAGAAACAGAUUUUCAAUUGUCCUCAUUAAAUAUUCACCAUAGAUCAUAAAUUUGACUGUCAAAAAUCAGCAGGGUGAGGUUUUUUGUCAAGUGACACUACUUCAUUCUCUACAGUGCAGAGUCCACAACACACAUUAACUUGGCACACAAGUUAUGCAGCUGGUUUGAAAUUGCCAGAUUAGCUGAUCUGGCAAAUGAUUACCUCACCUAGCCACAUGGAACAUUAAACAUCAGGUUGGACCAGCUGUUUAUAUCGCCUCGCAUCUGAUCAGUCAAUGUUGCUCAGCCUUCACCUCCAUGUUUGUUUUCUGUUGUCUGUUCUCUGCUCUAUCUCUUUCUACUUCUCUAGUGUAUAAAUCCCCUGAGUAUGAGUCUCUGGGCUUCGACCUGACGGUGGAGCGGCUGGUGUCCAUCGGAUACCCACAAGAGCUGCUGAACUUUGUCUAUGAUCCCUCCUUCCCCACCAGGUCGGUUUACUAAAUUGUGACAUUCUGAAUUCACUUUCGAUCAGCUCACAAUCUAACAUCUUUUUGUGUGUGUGUGUGUGUGUGUGUGUGUGUUAUCCUCUCUGCCUCAUAAUUUAGCUGUAUUUUAUCUCUCUGUUUUCCUCAGGGGUCUGGUGUUUGACACAACGUAUGGCAACCUGCUCAAAGUAGAUGCCUAUGGGAAUAUCCUAGUUUGUGUGCAUGGAUUCAACUUCUUGAGGGGGUGAGCUCCACAUGUUGCAGGGAGCUGUCCACACAGUACUGAACAUCUGAAACAAUGAAACCUACAACCUGAAUUAAUCUUUGGUUGAUUCCACAUCAGUUUUCUUAAAAUAAUCAUAACUAAAAAAGCCAUAGAGUGGCGGUGUGACACUUUGAGCUAACUGCUAACAUCCCAUAGCAAUCAAGCAUAUGUAAGGUUGGCACAGUAAACAGUGUUUUUAAAAACUUGAUUUAAGAUGUUGGAUGUUGAAGUUUAGCUAAGGCUAAAGAGGCUCUCAACAGUUUUAUGUGUAUUUGUUUGUAAACUAAAGGACAAAUGGACAUUCAGGAGGUCAAAGUCAGAACACACAACUCUGAUCACCAAAGUGAGAAGGAAAACAUAGAGUUACUGUCGGUGAAGCAUGAGUCAAACUUCUGCCUGUUCUUGAACUUGUUACUCCUCUUUAACUUAUUAGGCCUGAGAUCAGGGAGAUGUACCCCAACAAGUUUAUUCAGCGAGGAGACACUGACCGCUUCUACAUCCUCAAUACACUCUUCAACCUGCCUGGUAAGAAAGCUGCAAGAGCAAAUAGUCAAAAACUUUUUCAAGCAGUGAAUCAGCAGUGUCUGAUAAACCAGGAUUUAGGAAUCAACACUCAAACCAUGUUUGAAUCAUUAAAUCAAAAUUAUUCACGCAAACAAAAUCUGAAUAAAUACUUAGAUCCUGAUCAUUCAGAGGUCCUCACUGCUUUAGACAAGCAUUGGCUAGAAUCUCUGGCAUUGCGUUGGACUGGUUCCUUGACUCUCUUUGAAUCUGGCCUAAAUGAUUACAUCUCAAUGCGCUCUAAUUGUGUUUCAUGAUGGUAACACUGAGGAUACAUGUCAAUCCCAGGUUAAACAGAGCCUUGAUUUGACUUUGAUACUACUCUGGAGAAUAUUUCACCUGCAGAUUAUAUUUAAAAAAAAGUCUGUGGACUGCAGCUUUCAUGUAAUGGUAAAAGUGUGCACCACAUGUGUAUUAUUUAUAUAUCAUUAUUUCUUUUCUUUUCCUCAGAGACAUACCUCUUUGCUUGCUUGGUUGAUUUCUUCAGUAACUGCCCCAGAUACUCCAGGUACUGCAUGCUCGUUGUUGAUGUCGAGUUAUUUUCUGAUGGUAGGAGAUGAAUUAGGUUGGAAUUGCUUUAGACAGUCUUACUCUGAACCUGUUGAAUGAUAAUAAUCAUUGUAAGAGCUUCAGUGUAAGAUCAGUGAUGUCUCAGUGUGAUCGCAGAGCCAGCUCACGUACCAAACUGUUCUCAAAAUUGACCCUUAGAAGUCAGUAUAACGCUGACAUCGAACUGUUUUCUUAGCUGUGAGACUGGCUUCAAAGAUGGCGACCUCUUCAUGUCCUACAAGAGCAUGUUCCAGGAUGUCCGAGAUGGUGUGGACUGGGUUCAUUUCAAGGUAGACUCUUUCUUUCUUUCUUCUUUCUUUCUUUUUAUUUUAUUUCGAACAUUAUUUAAUCAAAUAAGACAAUAAAAUACAAAUCAGGAAGAAAAGAAAACCAACAACAAUGUCCGAAAAGGAGUAGGAUGAAGUUUAAAACUUAUCGAGCUCCUACCCCCCUUUUGCCAACACAAAUUUCUUUACUGCAUAUACAAUAGUUUAAAUGACUGCAGUAGUAUCAGGGAUAAAAUUAUUCAGACCAACCCAUUGAAAACUGAAAACAGGGCUGUGUUGACUCAAUAGGUCAACACAGACCCUCCUCAUCUGAAUACCUCUUGAAAAUAAUAUUUUUUUAUGCCUUCUUGUAAUUAUUCAGGUUUGGACUUCGCUGAACCUCCAUGCUCAGUCCAUUCCACAAACUCACUCCACAAACUGAAAUGCACAUCGUUUUCAAUGUUGAACCAGCAAAAUGUACCUUGAAAUUAAGCUCUCGUCUCAAAUUGUAACCCCCCUCUUUAUCACUGAACAUCUUUUGUAUAUUACCUGGCAAAAGCCUGUGUCUUGCUCUAAACAUAAUCAGUGCAGUUUUGUAUUCAACAAGGUCCAUGAGCUUCAUAACAUGUGAUUGUAAAACAGUAUGUUAUGAGGGAUCCAGGUAUCCUACCUUGUUAACAAUUCUAAUGAACUUUUUUCAGGCAGCUGUGAGCCAUUUCCUGCAGAGCACUAACAUCAGUGUUUGACUUGUUUCUCACAGGGCUCCUUGAAGGAGAAGACGGUUGAAAACCUGGAGAAGUACGUGGUUAAGGAUGUAAGUUAUCCAGCUGCUUGUUCAUGGACAUCUAGAUUAAAUACAACCGUGGGGUUCUUUGCUCAGAGGGGUGAUAGAAAAAACAGAAAAACAUUAAUGCUCAGUUUUCCCUCCAUUCAGCCAAAGCUUCCUCUCCUGCUCAGCCGCAUGAACGAAGUUGCCAAAGUUUUUCUGGCCACCAACAGUGACUUCAAAUACACAGAGGUGAGGAGAAAGCUUCAAGUGAAGCAGACUCUGCCUCUGUCAUCUGGUUUGAUGUUUUGGUGUACACUAAUUGUAGAGGAUUUCUGACACAGUGAUUUUUUUGAAGCUGUGUUGGUUCCUUGGCCUUUGAUCUACCCUAAAAUACUCUCCUGUUCCAUUACAGAAAAUUAUGACCUACCUGUUUGACUUUCCCCACGGCCCAAAGGUAACACCAAGGAUUCAAAUAAAUUUGAAUUGAACUGGCCCGGUUGAAAAACGAUUGAUGCAAAUAUGACAUCAUAGCACACAAUCAUAAAACCCUUCAUUAGAGAAAAGGUGUGUGUGUGUGUGUGUGUGUGUGUGUGUGUGUGUGUGUGUGUGUGUGUGUGUGUGUGUGUGUGUGUGUGUGUGUGUGUGUGUGUGUGUGUGUGUGUGUGUGUGUGUGUGUGUUUAGCCGGGUACACCUCACCGACCAUGGCAGUCCUAUUUUGACCUGAUCCUGGUGGAUGCCCGUAAACCCCUGUUCUUUGGAGAGGGAACGGUGCUGCGGCAGGUCGACACUGUAAGUGUUUAUGACUGAAGUCUGUGUGAAAAAACCCCUGCUCUUCUUGUAUUUGCUUUAUAAACAAUCCAACAACUGCGUUUGUUUGUGUUGUUUUCUUUCAGACCACAGGUCGACUGAAGAUCGGCACUUACACCGGACCUCUCCAGCACGGUAUCGUUUACUCUGGAGGUAAACAAGGAGCUUGCUCAACUUUGGAUUUAAUUUUACCAUUUCAGUAAUCCAUGAUGUGCCUACAAGGGGAAUUAGCUCACUGCAUAUGCAUCAGACUUAUCACUCCAGUGUCAAGUUGCAGUUGGUGAUAUACACAUUGAGUAGGUGAUUCAGUGCAUUGCAUGGUUUGAAGCCCAGAAUCCUUCACAGAUCAAAACUAAAUCAUAGUGAACAUGUUGAAUCAAAGUUGAAGUCAGAGUGAACUUUAUUAUAUUUGCAGUUCUGGUCAGUGUAGAAACACAACAAUGUACACUUUAUCUGACUUUGAAAUGGUCAAAAUAAGGCACACUAAGUCAACAUGUGGAGGUGAAAAGACAGACGUGUGUGUUUAAAACACUCGUUCAAGUUCUGGUGUGGACAGCAUUAGUGCUUCCUCCAUGUAAUGGGAUACUUUGUGUACUGGUAUGUGGCCCCGUGUUAUGCUCCCAAACCAGUUACUACAGGCAGUAAUGCCACAACCAUAUCAGAAUUAUUCUGCUCCUUGCUUUUUAAGAAGGUCUUCAUAUUGUUGAAAAAAAAGAGUAAAAUGCCAUAUUUGUGCACUCAGGGUCUUCAGACAUUGUGUGUGACCUGCUGGGGGCUAAAGGGAAAGACAUUGUUUACAUUGGAGACCAUAUUUUCGGUGACAUUCUCAAAUCCAAAAAGCGUCAGGGCUGGAGGACGUUUCUGGUGAUUCCUGAGCUUGCCCAAGAGCUGCAUGUGUGGACUGACAAGAGCUGUGAGUUUACACACACACACACACACGCACACGCACACACACACACACACACACACACACACACAUACACACAUACAGGUUUAAAGUCCACUGUUCAAAUGAUAUCAAGCCCAAUCCUGUUGAAAUUAGAGGAGAGACUACAUAUUAAUAGAUAUAUUCACAUUAUAUGCAUAUAUGAAUUACACAAAAUGUGACAGAACUUAAUUUCCUUUGAAUUUUCAUUAGAUAAAAUGCUUCCAAGUAACCUGAGUGCUGGUUCUGUUUUCUCCAGCCAUCUUUGAGGAGCUUCAGUCUCUGGACUGCUUCCUUGCUGAGCUUUACAAGUGAGUGUUGUGUUUGUUGUGUGGCUUUGUGGCCCGGCCCUUUUAAAUGAGUUUAUGUUCUUUCUUUGAAAAGGUACUGAGAGGAAAAAGGAAAUAAUUUUUGGUGCAGUUUCAGUUAGGAUUCACUGGGGUCAACACCGUACAAUAAAUAGACUGAAAGGUUAUGACUGUGAGGCCAGAGGUGUUCAGUUCCUGAGGGUUCCCUGUAGCCACUGUGUUUCCCAGCAGUUACUUUAAGUCUCUGCUGUUGCAGACUCUGAGUAACAAAUACCAUCUACUCCCCUCUCACUACUUCAUCAGAAUGAAAUUCUCGGUGUAGUGUUAGACUGAUGUAACCCUUACAGAUCUGCUAUAAAUAAGUCUCAGUUUCUUAUUUCAGUAAACAAACCUGGUCUGAGCUGUAUGAUUUGUUGUUUUGAGAGACAGAAAUAUCAAAUUUAAAAACCCUGCAUUGAAGGCUUUACAGUCUACAGCAGGAACUUGUUAUUGGACCUGGUCCCACAGAUCUGGCUACACGUGUGUUUUUUUCCUUAGGCAUCUGGACAGCAGCAGCAACGAGAGGCCGGACAUCAGCUCGCUGCAGAGACGAAUUAAGGUGCAUCUCCUUCUGAAUGUUGAAAGUCUGCACAUGUUCACAAAACAUGAAGUCAGUCACAUAAAGUCAAAUAAGUGAAGCUCACAUUUGCUCAUCUUAACUCCAAGUCCCAUUAGAGACUGCCGUUUUACAAGUAUGCUGAGAGUAACCCUGAUCAGGACCUUCAGAGUCUUGGAUUGGACUCAGUGGUAUUCAAGUAGUUUGGAGCAAGUGUGUGUUCACUGAUGUUUAACAAAUUUCAUUCCCAGUAAUUAGAAGAAAAAAACAAUAGUAAGGUUAAAUGUGUUUGUUACUUUGAGGUUAAAUAUCAACUUUUUUUUUCUUGAUGUUCAAAGUGCUUUAGAAAUAUACAGAGAUGAUCUCAAUAAACUGGUUCCACAUAAUACAGUCAAGAAUAGCAGGAAGGAAAUGAAAUGCUUCCCUGCUUCUCUCUCCCUCUCUCCCUCCCCAGAAAGUGACCCAUGACAUGGACAUGUGCUAUGGUAUGAUGGGAAGUCUCUUCCGCAGUGGAUCCCGGCAGACGCUAUUUGCCUCCCAAGUGAUGCGCUACGCUGACCUGUACGCCGCCUCUUUCAUCAACCUGCUGUACUACCCGUUCAGCUACCUGUUCAGAGCUGCUCAUGUGCUGGUCAGAACCACUUCUUUUCUCUCUGAAAGAUUACUGAGACUUUAACGUGCGUGUGUGCGUGUGUGCGUGCAUGCAUGCGUGUUUUAAACCAGUGCCUCUCUUUAAAAACCUCUCCCUCACAGAUGCCUCAUGAGUCCACAGUGGAGCACACACACGUCAGCAUCAUCGACACAGAGUCGCCACUGGCCACACGAAACCGCCAUGAUGUUGACUUCAAGGAAAUUGAGAGCAAACGACAUCAGCUGACCCGGUCCAUCAGCGAGAUUCAACCCCCCCACUUCUUCCCCCAGGCUCCACAGGAAAUCACCCACUGCCAUGAUGAGGAUGAUGAUGAGGAGGAGGAGGAGGAGGAGGAGGAGGAAGAAGAAUAGAUGGAGGUAGACGAUGGCAGGAGGCUGCAGAUGAGCUAUGGGGCUGUCAGAGUCGAGUCUGUAGUCCAGAUCCACUUGUUGAUCUGGUUUUUCCAAAUGUCAAUGUCAAAAUUAGGAGAGCCGUACUGUGUCUGCUCAUGGUGGACCUGGUAUGAGGGACUGAUGGUUUUAAUCCGUCUGGGCCCUCUUAGAUGUACCUGUCCACAAAAGGAAUCAAUCUGAAGCAUUUGGCUGGUAGGAUUUAAAAGGGUCAGGACUGAAGAUAUAUUAAAAAAAACAACACCUUACUUGACUGGAGCAGCUGUUGCUUGGACUCCCUGGUUUUACUGAGGAGGUGUUUUUCUGCUUCUUUGUCGGGAUCAUGUAGGUCAGCAGGAGGCAGAGUUUGGUGUGCAUUUCUUCAUUUGUACUGUAAUCAUUUCACAGCCAUGCUGCUUUAAAGCUGAACCCAGCUUUGACACAUAAAUCCCUAUUGACCUGCAGAGCAACACUACUCAGAUACUCUGCCUUUUUGGGGACCAUGUUGGUUUUCGAGCUGUAAAUUGUUUCCACUUUCAAAGAGAAAAAAGGAUUUUCUUUUAUCCUAGCAGACGUACCUCAACAGAGAAAAUGGUUGUUGUUUAAAAUGUGGAGAUCAUCCUGCCUUUUAUUGAAACAAGUCUGAGAAAUGUAAAAACAAAAGACUUUUGUAAUGAUGUAACUUAGUUUUUUUUUUCUUUUGAUUUCAGCUGCUUAAACUGGACUCCGUUCUACUUUGAAUUCUUAUUUUCAGUGUAGCAGAGAGUUCAGUAACACUUCUGUGCUGAUCUUGUGUCAGCAGGAAAUCUUUCACCAUAUCGCAUCCUGUUGGUUUGUGAAACCAGCUGAGAGUUACAUCCCCUCCUCAGAAAUCCCCUCACAGGGUUUUAAAUAUGGCCUCGGAAUGAAAGCGAGGCUGUUACCUUCAAACUACUUCAAAGUUACUGAAGAGGAAAUAAACAAAAAUCAGAUCCAAAUCAGUGUUCACAUGGUCUUCAUCACUGUUACUGUGCGAGUCGAUACUAGGCUGCUGCAGUGAGGACGAGUAAAAACCCUGUUUUUCUUAGAUUUGUACCAUGAGGGCUCAGCUGUUUCCAUAAAAAAAAGAGUUGACUGAAUGGAGGCAUAAUUCUGUAUAAACAGAAAAUCAGCUUCUAAAACAGCUGGUAAGAAUGAGUCAAAAAUUGGAUUUGGAUCGUAUUUACUUUGUCCUUAUGUUUUAUUAUAUCUACAAUUGUUUUAUAUAUUGAACUAAUCUUGAAUCCUUUAUUUUUAAAUGAUGGUUGUUAUACUGAGUUUUGUCAGAAUGUUAACCCCUCAUUGAGGAAUAACCCCUGUUCAGUUAAAUCAGUGUGAAAUCACUGUAUGCUUUCUUCCGUUCUUAAACACAAAGUUUCAGUUGAAAUCACAUUUUCUAGACAUCUUAUUUUCACAUCCUGUAAACAUUUGUUUUGGAGUCUUUGGAGGACUUUAGACUUGUUUUUCAUGCUGGUGGUCCUGCUGCUGUACUCUUUAAGUUGAAUCUGAUCAGACUGUCUUCAGUCCUGUUUGCUUUUAAAAGGCUGUUACUGUAAUUUCAUAAGUGGACUGCUCUGUCAUUUAAAGAAACUGUGGGCUCUUCUCUGAUGCAUGAAUAUCAUCCCACAUACUGUAGACAUGAUUAAGUGUACUGAAGUAUGCUUUACUGCUAAUAAGGAUGUUUGAUUUUUCUGCAUCUGUGCUACUGCCUGGACUUGAACAGACCUGUAAUAUAACAGGUUUGCUGUGGAAGUGUCACUUCCUCUCUGAUCCAUAGAGGGCUCACUGACUGAAUCUGUUAAUGUGCUGUUUGUAGGUCAUAACCUCACAAAAGAGGCUUAGAGAUUAAAACAGAUGAAGCUGCCUUAUCUUCCUUGGACUGCAGAGAUGUGUUCGAAUCCCCUUGUCAUUUGAACGGUUCAUUUUUUACCUAUAGUCAGUCUUUCUGUCCCCACGCUCAAAUGACCAUUUGGAUAUUUGUCACACUGAGUCCUGGAGCAAUGCGUGUUACUGAGCUGCUGUUAAAACCCUUCUUACAGAGUGGGCCGUGUUUUUGUGUGGACUGACUCAGAUGGGAGAGAUGAUGUACAUUUUUCAUACUUUCAUAUUCAAAUCAUUUGAGAGAGGUGUUAAGCAUGCUGGUUUUAAUUAAAUUAGAUCUGCUAAUCAGACAGCUUCAGGAGUCAAAUAAAUGGUUUCAAUUUUUACCUGCAAUAGCUUGUGUUGUGAAACCCUAAACAGACAUGCAUCCCUACAUUUUAGCUCUGUAUUCCCUUGAUAACUCUAUUUCAGUUGGUUUCCCUCAAUUUAAUUUUAUCAGUCUUUAACAAUUCAAAUGUAAAAAAGAGGAAGUGAUUUCUUCAGUGCAGGCCAUGGCAGCCUUUGUGCACACUGUGGUCAAGACUCAGCACAUCCUGAUUAUUGUUCUUUUUGAAACAAAUUAUACAGAUCUCAAAAUUAGCACCAUAAAUAGACAUGUUAUCAGGGUGAAGCAGAGUGAAUAAAUGCAUAAAUGCAGGUCCACAUGGGGUUUCUCUGUCACUGCCUGUGAUUCAGUUUCAUUCCUUUCACUGUUAAAUCUAAAUUGUAUUAUUUAAUUUGAAGCUGCUGCUGCAGAUAUAACGGUUCUUGGUCAUGGUUUGUGUUUAUAAUAAAUUUUUUGGUCUGCAGUUGUGUUUUUUUUUUUUUUUUUU